AUUCCUUAUAUAUUUGACAAAACGUUACAAAUUAGCUUUUGUUUACGCGCUCUCCGAUACACUAGAUGGCGCGCUCGAUCCGUCAACAGCACCGCAUUCGCCGCAGAAGAAGACAUACUGCAUGAGCAAUACAUCUGGAGUGAGUGUAAUACUAGCUGUUAUGUGAGUUUGUAGCGUGUCGGGCAGCCGUUUUCAUGAGAGGCCACUGAGGAGAGCAGUAUGUCGGGGCAUUUUGAGGAGAGGAGCGGCGUGAUCCCGUGUCAAACAGCAUGGGGCUCGUGGUACCAGACUAUAGAAGAGGUUUUCAUCGAAGUCAGUGUUGCUCCCGGAACUUCCGCCAAAGAGAUCAAGUGCAGCAUCCGGAGCAAACACAUCGAGCUGCGCGUGAAAGACCAGCAGAUCUUCAAGGGGAAGCUGUUUGGACCCACAGUCGGCGAUGAAGCGACGUGGACGUUAGAGGACAGAAAGUUGAUCCGGAUCGUCCUGAUGAAGUCGAACCGGGAGGCUGGGAACUGCUGGCGGUCUCUGCUGGAGGGCGAGUACGCGGCGGAUCCGUGGGUUCAGGAUCAGAUGCAGAGGAAGCUGACGCUCGAGAGGUUUCAGAGAGAUAAGCAGAACGGCAUAAUAAAAGAAAAGAAAAACAAAAACAUCUCGUUUCAUCGCCUUGGGUAG